UAAAAUAGGGAUAACUGAUAAUAGACGAACGGAUUCCGUAUGGUGACAAACUCUCUCUGUUCCAGCCCAAUUGUUUGCGCCAAGAACUCCAUUCCAUCUCCCGGUAAAGGAUGUAAAUACACAGGCCAAUCGGUGAGAGCAUUGCCUAUACGUAUAUUGACGGUUGGGAAAAAGAGGUCAGCUGGUGUUCAGUUAAUAGUGAAUGAGUAUCUUGGGAAGCUCAAACACUAUUGCAGUGUUGAUGAUGUUCAAGUUCGAUCCAAUCCAAAAAAUGCACGUGAUGUCAGGACUCAGGUUGAGGAUGAAGACGCAGCAAUUGCGAACCUUAUCAGCUCUGAUGAUUGGGUUGUGAUGUUGGAUGAAAAUGGAGUAGAUAUUGGUUCUGAACAGAUGGCUCAAAUGUUUGGGGAUGCAGGAAAUACAGGAGCUUCAAGGCUAGCAUUUUGCAUUGGUGGACCUUAUGGCCAUGGACCAAAAUUGAGAAAACGUGCUGACAUUUCAAUCAAGUUGUCUACGAUGGUCUUAAAUCAUCAGAUUGCAUUAGUUAUACUCGUGGAACAGCUUUAUAGGUCAUGGACUAUUUUGAAAGGUCAAAAAUACCAUCAUUAGGUAUUUUACACUCAUGAUGAGGCUAUAACAAUUUUCAGCCAAAACAUUUUCAAGAUUGAUUAAGCAGAUUGCUGAAACCUGAAUGGACUUGGUGUCAAGAGGCAGUCAGUCAUCAGUUUCAGUUUGUUACCAAGGACCUCCUGCUACAUUACAUAUGAAAUAUUAUGUGUAGAAUCAGAUGAUCAAUGGAAUUUUGCAAGUUCUGCGGCUUCACUUGUUGCAGAAGUUCUGGUUCUGGUAAAAUCAAUGUACUGAGAUUAGCAUCAUCUGGUGUUCAGUCAUAGCUGUGAGUAUUCAUGCUGUCUUCACAUUUCAUCUUUGUUGGCAAAUUCAUGUUUCGCUGGUCGAGAUUAGAAGAAAAAUCCAUUGUUGCAUCGAAGA